AUGAAGAACACAAACGAGCUGGAGCAUCUGCAGAUAACAGGAAUGUCGAUACUGUCUCUAGUGGUUUAUUCAUCUGGGUAUAAGAAGACUAUUCUCAACGACUUCCUGUUCUGUAUAGUUCCUCAGUACUGUGCCAUUAUGUUCCCAGACAGCAUAUGGAUUCUGUACAUUUGUUUGGCUAUGCUAAUUAAAUACCCAAAGAUAAGAAGAGACCAUGAAUCCACUAGCGAAAAGACAUCGGUCAUAGAUUAUAUGCGGUUCACGAUCUCCGCCCUGGUUGUGAUUGCGAUAUACGGCGUGGACUUCGUAAUAUUCGAUAAAAGACUUGGAAAGUCUCACUACCUUGGAGUAUCGAUGAUGGAUAUAGGUGUAGGGAGCUUCAUAUACAAUAGCGGGGUGGUGAGAUGCAGGAGCAGAUUCCAAAAAAGGCAUAUCAAGUCCUAUCUCGCCCUUAUUCUUUUGGGAUUUGUAAGGUUCUUUUUCAUCAGAUGGUUUGGUAUCAAUGUGAACCCAAAAGAAUACGGAACACACUUAAACUUUUACUUCCUACUUGCAGCCGUAAAUCUCAUAUGCUCGGCCAUAAAGUGCAGGCAUAACCUCCUUCUUGGGCUCUUGAUAGUAACUGUGUAUGAGGUCAUCCUCAAGUUCUCUGGACUGAUGUUUUUCAUCUUUUCAGACGAAAGGAGAACAUUCCUAGAAAAGAACAAGGAAGGGAUUGUAGCAAUUGUUCCGUAUGUAUCUAUAUUUCUGAUGGCAACUGAGGUAGGAAAGAUAUGUCUUUCCCAAGAAAAGAUAAGAAGAAAGGCAUUGAGGGCUCUAGGCAUGUCGGGCCUGUUUGGAUGUCUCUAUGUAGCAUUCUGCCUCUCAAGUGAGGGAUCCAGGAGGCUAGGGAAUGGAGCAUUUGUGUUUUGGGUGCUCACCCUCCACACCUUCCAUUUGGGGAUUUACAUGCUCUUGGAGAGCAUGAUCGUUAUGUACAGACCGCUAGUGGCCACGUUCUGCAGUUCGAACAUGAUGUUCGUUUUUCUGUUCUCAAACCUGAUCGUGUUGCUUGGCAAUGUCUUCUUCGAUCUUCGGAGCUUCUCGCCCAUGGCCGGACACCUGAACAUGCUUUCUUACCUGAUAUCUGUGUUUUUGGUGCCGACUCUGUUGGCAAGCAGGUUUGACCUUCGGUGGAUAGGACUAGGAUACAGGUCUUAA